AAUGUAUUUUUAAUAUUUAAUAUUGUAUUUUAAAGCCUAAAGAAUGUUUUGAUAUAUUGAAAAUAUGAUAUAAUCUUUUGGUUAAUUUAAAAAUAAGGUUUUCCUUAUUUUUAAACUUUUAAAAUUGUUUCGGUUUCGCAAGGGUUGCUCGUUGGCUGUGAAAAAGUGUGAAACGAGAGCGCAAAUAGCAAUUUGUUAAACGCUUUCGUUGCACAGCCAUAACCUCUUUUGUUUAAAUGUUAAUUACAUAAUUAUGCAUAAUCAUUUUUAAUUCCGUUUUUUGCCUUUCUGCCGCUGGCCGUGUGCGUUAAUAUUAACAGCUCAUUAAAAGCGCAGGAGAAAAGAAAACGCCGCCCAAGUGUAUAAUGAAUGCAAGGAGCAACGGAAUUAUGCAAAAACUAAAUCGCAAUUCGCAUUUUGCAAACUGCAAUCUGCAAUUGUUGCGUUUUAUUGCAGUAUUAAAUAUCCACUUAAAUAGGUGUUAAAAGCAGCUUUGAUUUUGUGUGUGCAAUUCAUUUGCAUUUCUGCAAGAUUAUGCAUUUGCCUAACAAUUUCACAACAAUUAUGCCUUGGAAAUAGUUUUCCUAUGACGUAACCGUAUUAAAUGUUCUCUCUUUUACUUAAUUUUGUUUAGUUUUACAAAUCGAUUUGCAAACAAACGAAAUCCAUCCGAUUGAGGCUGGAUUUUCUACAAAUUCAUUGAUUAUCUUCAACUUCUUUCGAUCUCUGGUCCCUAUCUCGUCUCAUUUACAGUUAUUACAAUGCUGACGUCCAACGUUACACCUACACAUUCAAAUCCUAGGCAAUUAACAGCAGCUUAACAGAGUAGCGGGAUCUAAUACUCGCGGCCCGUGCCUGUUCCUCUCCUUCUCGCUGAGCUUGAAACAGUCCAAGCUGUUCUUCGGUUGAAGCAGGAUCGGAAGUCUCUUGCUCAUUUUUUUUUUCUGUUUUUUCUUUUUUUCUUUGAAGUGCAAGUGCAGUUUCUUUUGUCUUUCGCAAAACGCGAUUGAAAGUGGUAAUUUCAUUGCAAUUUGUAAAAUCCGCACAUGCGGUGGAGUGCAUUUUCAUUUUUGUGCAGUUAAUGCUAUUUGCAUUGUUUUAAAUCGCGAAAGUGUUCUUUUUUUUUUUUUUAAAGGAACUGUUCUUUGUUUUUGCCUUUUUCUUUCUUUGUUCUCGCGUGUGUGUUUUAUGUGUGUUUGCUGAAAUUAGCACAAAAAAUCGCGGGCGAUGUAAACGGCAAAGGAGAAGAGCAAAAGAAAUUGAAAAAUUGGCGGACAAUGCAGCUCAUAGCUUCGUCGCUGUCGCUCCUUCAACAGGUGACAAAAAUGUCAAAUUGGCUUUUCUUAAAAUGUAAAUUUGUGUUAAAUUUCGAUGCUGAUAAUGUGAUUAUAUUAAAAUACAUGUUUAAAUUCAUUUGAGGAUUCGAAAAAUGUGUAACAAUCUUUUGGUUCGCAUGCAGUUUCAUUGGAAGUUGAAUUACAAGCUGAAAGCGACCAUGGCUUUGGACCAUUAUUGGCUUAGUUAUGGACUAAAUACUGCCACUUUGAGGAGGACAAAGGGGAUUUCCGCAGCUGAAAAGCUUUGCCGCAGGAGCUGGAACAUGUUUGCCAGGUUCUCUGGCGCCCAAGGACUUUGGCAUGGAGGGACUGCAUGGUUUUGGCGUUGGACCGAACAGCAAGAAGAAGAAAAAGAAGCGACGGCACAGCCGUACCAUCUUUACCAGCUAUCAACUGGAGAAGCUGGAGGAGGCCUUCAAGGAAGCCCAUUAUCCUGAUGUCUAUGCCCGCGAAAUGCUGUCCCUAAAGACAGAGCUACCCGAGGAUCGCAUACAGGUCUGGUUCCAAAAUCGUCGGGCCAAAUGGCGGAAGACGGAGAAGGUCUGGGGCGGCAGCACGAUCAUGGCUGAGUAUGGACUGUAUGGGGCCAUGGUAAGGCAUUCGCUGCCGCUGCCUGAUACGAUCCUCAAGUCGGCCAAGGACAACGAUGCGGUGGCUCCCUGGCUACUAGGUAUGGAGCAGAAAUGCAUGCAUCGCAAAUCCAUCGAGGCCCAGUCGGCGCUCAAGGACGACUCGGGGGUCAGCGAUCAUGAGGACUCGGCGGGUUCCAAGUCCGCCUACUCUGAGGAUCUUUCACGCUCUCGCCCCCUUAGCUCCUCCACUGAAUCACUGAACGUUGUGAGCCCUGCACCCAGCAGCUGCACCAACUCCGUCUCCACGGCCCCGCCCACCUCGACGAGCGGUUAUGCGGGGGCAGCUUCUUCGGCGGCCACCACGCCCACUGGGGCCAAUACCAACAGUUCUGGCAGUCCACACAUCGAGCUGGGCUCCCCCUCGCCGCAGCAGCUCCAAAUGCAACAGCAGCAGCAGCAUCAACAGCAGCAGCAGCAACAGGUGCCGCUCUAUAUGGGCGGUGGGAGUGGCUGUGCCCCUCCCAGCUAUCAUCCGCUCCUGGAUGCUGCUAAUGCCGCCGGGGCAGGAGCUGCCGCUUCCAGCAAGGACUUCCACUUGAUCAUGAACACAGCCGUGGCAGCAGCAGCAGCAGCUGCUCAGCAGCAGCAACAACAACAGCAGCAGCAGCAACAGCAGCAGCAGCAGCAACUCCAGCAACAGUCGCAGGUCACGGCGGCAGGACCUGGCUUGCAGGCCCACAACUUGGCGGCGGCCCUCAUGGAACACGAUCCGGAUGCCUUUAGGAACAACUCCAUUGCCUGCUUGAGAGCCAAGGCGCAGGAGCACCAGGCACGGCUGCUGAACAACGGUGGGCUCUUCCUGCAGGUGCGGCGGUUCGCCCAGGGCCAGGUGCAGAUGCAGGAGAGAGAGCCAAGUGAUAUGCUCAAGCUCAACGAGGAGCACAACAACAACGCCAUUUCCCCAACCCGCACCCAACCGAAUCCCCAGACCAAUAUCAAAAUGGAGCUGGCUGCCAACGGGGGAUCGAUGAAAACCGAAGAGGUCUAACGGGCUAAAAGGAUAACCCUUUAGGUUAACGUAACUCAUAAGUUUUCCCCAAAUGAAAAACCCCAAAACGAACCCAAAACAUACUGAAAAACCAAAAAUAUGAGAACCUUUUUUUUUACUAGACCCUAGGAAACCUACACAUUACUCUUGACCCUAGGCCUAAGGAAUGUAAUCGAAAAUUUUAACAUUAAACAGCAGCAGCGCACAGCACAGGCUGCCCUUUAGAUGUAAAAAUACGAAAUCGAAAUAUUUUUAAUAAAUUAUCGAUCGGAAAUAGUUAUAUUUUCGAACCUAAUUUGGGCACCAACGAAAAUCUAAGACACUUUGACAGUGAUGGCUAAAAUAAAUAUAUAAAAACUUAA